UAGCGCAAGACUGCAUUUCAGACGACAUGAAAUUUUCGAAAAGUAGUUUUUAACAGUAGGGUAUAAUUGUAUUUCUAAACAUUCUCUCCUCUUACAGUAACAGCAAAAAUAAAUCUUUAGUAAAGACUUUUGUCAACUUGGUUAUCAAAGACGAGUUGUUUGGCCAAUUGUGGAUUUCUUACAAAGUACACUAUUGAUAACCGCGGAAGAAUAUAAUCGUGCGUUGACGUCAAUCGUGAGAAGUGCACGACUGUUAGGUUGGUCUGUAACCAAUAUUUAUUUGUCAACUGGAACUUUACAUGUAUUAAAAUACAUGACUGUAGUUUAAGCUCGGAAUUGCAUUGCAUUGGAUAAUAAAAUGAGCUUCGAAAUUCCAGACGGAUUAACUGAUCUCCUUCAAGAUUUUACAGUUGCAGUAUUGAAAGAGAGGCCACCAGAUUUGGUGAAGUUUGCAGCUGAAUAUUUCAACAAACUAAAUGACAAGAAGAGUGAUGAUCAAAAUGAAAAAGGCAGAGGUGUUAGAUUUGCAGAAUCAGAGCCCAUGCAAACUGAUGAAAGUGAUGAUGAACCUAUGAUAGAACCCCCACCAACCAGAUUUGCAAGAAGAAAAUCAGUAUCGGCAGAAAGGUAUGACCCGGAGGCAGACGAAGAGGAGGGGAACCAAAAGAUUGUUCAUCCAAAGUCAGAUGAGCAGAGAAAUCGACUGAGUGCAGCUGUAAAACCCAUCUUCCUUUUUAGAUCAUUAGAACCAGAACAAAUGAACUGUGUAUUAGAUGCCAUGUUUGAAAAGAAGGUGACACCAGGAGAACAUGUUAUAGAUCAAGGUGAUGAUGGUGACAAUUUUUAUGUUAUUGACAGUGGUACAUAUGACAUAUUUGUAGACAACAAACUAGUUGGUAAAUAUGACAGUUCUGGCAGUUUUGGUGAGCUAGCCCUCAUGUACAAUAUGCCCAGAGCGGCUACUAUAGUUGCCACUAGUGAAGGCUCUUUAUGGGCAAUGGAUCGACUCACAUUUAGAAGAAUAGUACUGAAAAAUGCAUACGAGAAACGAAAGGUAUACGAAACACUGCUGGAAAAUACACCCAUGCUGAAGACAUUAGAGCCAUAUGAAAGGAUGAACAUUGCUGAUGCAUUAUUUUCAAAGACAUAUGAAGAGGGUAGUGUUAUAAUUAAACAGGGGGAUAGUGCUGAUUGUAUGUAUUUUAUUGAGGAAGGUGAAGCAAGAGUCACAGUGAAAAAUAUG